CGGCCGGCCCGGCGCACACACCCCCGUCCCGCCGCCCCCCGCGCUCCCCAACAUGGCGCUGGUGCUGGCGGCCGAGCGGGGUGGUUGCUGCUUCUGGGCGCUGCGGCGGCGGCAAUGGAACCAAGUGCAAAGAUUUGUGAAAUGGGCCUCAACGAUAGGAGGUCACAACAUAAGGAAGAUUCUUAUCGCAAACCGAGGAGAAAUUGCAUGCAGAGUGAUGCGAACAGCGAAGAAAAUGGGCGUGAAGUCUGUAGCCGUUUACAGUGAAGCAGACAGGAAUUCCAUGCAUGUAGCAAUGGCAGAUGAAGCAUAUUGCAUUGGUCCAGCACCUUCCCAGCAGAGUUACCUGGCCAUGCAGAAAAUAAUGCAGGUGGCAAAAGUCUCAGCAGCACAAGCUAUUCAUCCAGGUUAUGGUUUCCUCUCAGAAAACACAGAGUUUGCAGAGUUGUGCAAGCAAGAGGGAAUCAUCUUCAUAGGUCCGCCUUCAUCUGCUAUCAGAGAUAUGGGUAUUAAGAGCACUUCCAAAGCUAUAAUGUCUGCUGCUGGCGUUCCUGUUGUUGAAGGUUAUCAUGGAGAAGAUCAAUCAGAUGAGUGUCUGAAGGAACAUGCCAAGAGAAUAGGAUAUCCAGUGAUGAUUAAAGCUGUUCGUGGGGGUGGAGGAAAGGGCAUGAGAAUUGCUCACUCAGAAAAGGAGUUUCUGGACCAGCUCGAAUCAGCCAGGAGAGAAGCAAAGAAGUCUUUCAAUGAUGAUGCAAUGCUAAUUGAGAAAUUUGUAGAUAAUCCAAGGCAUGUUGAAGUCCAAGUGUUUGGUGACCAGCAUGGCAACGCAGUCUAUCUGUUUGAAAGAGACUGCAGUGUGCAAAGGAGACAUCAGAAGAUCAUUGAAGAGGCACCAGGGCCAGGAAUUAAUCCUGAAGUUCGAAAGAGACUUGGAGAAGCUGCUGUCAAAGCAGCUAAAGCAGUGAAUUACGUGGGAGCAGGAACAGUGGAAUUUAUUAUGGACUCCCAACAUAAUUUUUACUUCAUGGAGAUGAAUACCAGACUGCAAGUAGAGCACCCAGUUACAGAGAUGAUCACUGGAACAGACUUGGUGGAAUGGCAGCUUAGGGUUGCAGCAGGAGAGAAGAUUCCCCUAAUGCAGGAAGAGAUUCUGCUCCGGGGCCAUGCAUUUGAAGCCAGAAUAUACGCUGAAGACCCUAAUAAUAACUUUAUGCCAGGGGCUGGGCCAUUGUUGCACUUAUCCACCCCACCGCCUGAUCGUUUCACCAGAAUAGAAACUGGAGUCCAACAAGGUGAUGAGGUUUCUGUUCAUUAUGAUCCGAUGAUUGCAAAGCUGGUUGUUUGGGCUGAGGAUCGUCAAGCAGCACUGAGAAAGUUGCGAUACAGUUUGCGUCAAUAUAAUAUUGUAGGAUUAAGCACUAAUAUUGAUUUCUUACUGAGCCUGUCAGGACACCCCCAGUUUGAGGCUGGAAUUGUGCACACUAAUUUCAUUCCUCAGCACCACGAUGAACUGUUUCCAACCAAAAAGGCAACCCCACCUGAAGUUCUGUGUCAGGCAGCUCUAGGACUCAUACUGAAAGAGAAAAUGCUAACAGAUGCUUUUAGAGAUCAGUCAAAUGAUAAAUUCUCACCAUUUGCAUCCAGCACUGGUAGAAGAAUAAAUAUGUGUUAUACUAGAAAACUGUCUCUGCUGGAUGGGGAAAGCGUUGUGGAUGUGGCUGUAAGUUACAAUCAAGAAGGGUCAUACAAUAUGCAGAUUCAAGAUAAAAUGUACCUGAUUUCUGGAGAGAUCUUCAAUGAAGGUGAUUCAGUUUACUUGAGGUCUUCAGUGAAUGGAACAGUGUGUAAGUCCAAAUUGGUCAUUUUGGACAACACCAUUUAUCUCUUCUUUCCGGAAGGCAGCGCUCAGAUUGGCCUUCCCGUACCCAAGUACUUGUCUGCAGUGAGUUCGGUGGGAAUGCAAAGUGGUGCCGUAGCGCCCAUGACAGGCACAGUUGAGAAGGUGUUUGUUAAAGCAGGGGAUAAAGUUCAGAUCGGAGACCCUCUGAUGGUUAUGAUAGCUAUGAAAAUGGAGCACACCAUAAGGGCUCCAAAGGCAGGAGUGAUAAAAAAGGUUAAUUUCCAGGAAGGUGCCCAGGCCAGUAGAGACGCUCCACUAGUUGAAUUUGUGGAUGAAGAGGAUGAGUCAAAAUAAAAUUCAAGGAAGGUGCAUUUUAUUUUUUUCUACUUUGUUAAUUUUUCUCUCCGGAGAAGAUUUCUUCAUAUUUUCAAACUGUUUUGUAUAAUGGAUUGAGGAAUUGGUUUCCUCUGCAGUUCCUACAUAUUCUGACUGUAAAUUAUACUGACUUUGCUGAAAUUUGGAUAUUGUUAUACUGUAAUUGUAUAUGUAACUCACGGACCUACAUGAUUGUUGUUCAGUUGUUACGUUUGCCUGUGAGGAGGCGUUAGACUGGAAAAAGAUGUGGAACUCCUAAGGGUGGGAAAGGUUAGAAAGGACUGUAUGUUACAGACAGGUAGGCUCCUACUUUUGCAUUCACAGAUGCCUUUUUUUCUCCUGAGAUGUGAGAGCAUUGAUUUGAAGGAAAUCUGAAAGGUGACAGUUACUCUGUGAGUUCAUUUCUCUGGCAAAAUCCCAGUUUGUGGCUUAUGCUUUUGCCUGAAUAGGGCAUUCAGGAUUGUUCCUUAACCCAGGAUCCCUCUCAGUCAUUUUUGUUGCAUCUUUUUUCCCAUUUACCUCAAAGAAUAAUGAAAAUUUGCUUUUCAACAAUUAUUUUAAUAUUCUUUGAAAUAUAUGAUACAAAGCAUUUUUAAAAUACAUAGCUAUACUCAAAGGUGGAAUGUAACUGCUUUCCAAAAAUACAAUUUGAUCUAUAAACAUGAAAUUGUAGUGCAGAAGGAUGAUCAGCUUAUUUAAUACUGUUGUGCCAAAUAAAAUACUGACUUCAAAAUCCUUAUUACUUUUCCUAUAUUGUUCAUAUUCUAAUAUAUUACUUAUUGGCUGAGAUGAAGUAUACCAAAUUCUUUACAACAACAUGAAAUGUGACUAGGAAUAAUAGAAGGGAAAAUUGGUAGUUUUUUGAUAUGCAAAGAAAAUAUUUCUCUGAUGCAGGAUACUGUUCAUUUGCCAUAAAUUUAUUUUAACUUAUUUAAAAAGCACCUCAGAGAAGCAGGAAAAGGGAAAAAAAAAAAAGAUAUAUUUUAGUUGUUGCAAACUUGCCAAAUCUCUUCACUUUUUAGUUAAGGUGAAGUUCUGCUUGUCAUAUGAACUUUUGAUACACUAGUUUAAGAUGAUAGCAUGGUUUAUACUGCAGAAAGGAACAAACGCAGAUGUUGCAGUGAUCCCAAAUUUGUAGUUACAUCUCUGCAAAUGGAUUAUUUUACUUAUCUGAAAUCUAAUUUCUGAAUCGAUCCACAAUGUCACAGGGAAUUCUGAUGGGAUUCUGUAACUGUGCAGCCUUGCCCGCAGUGCAGACAAAAAAGUAAUGGCUCUGGAUGGUCUGUAUAUUAAAAGCAAACUGUAAUACUUUUCAGAUUUCUUUGUAAUCCAAUGGCCACCUAACAAGAAAUUCCACUUCAGUGAUCACCCUGUAGGAUAUCGCCACAGUGAUUUUUAUGUACUGCUAAAUAAAAAUUAAGCUUCACUUUGAA